GUCCCCAAAAGCGCCGGCCCUUAGGGGCGAAAUUAGUGAGUUGAGUUGAUUGAUUGAUUGAUUGACAGGUAUAGGUUAUAGUGAAAAACAUGUGGAAAUUGAAUGCAGUUACUUUCUUACAAGAUAUAUCUGGAAGUAUGUUUAAGCAUUUAUUCAGACAUUGAUGAGGGAAUUACAACCAAAAAAUUAUGGAGUAGAAUAGUUGAAUAGUUACAUUACAGAAAUUAAACAGUGCGGAAUGAAAUACUAGGGCAAAUGAGAAAAACGUACUCUGAAAACAGAUGCAAUUACUUUCUCGUAGGAUAUAUAAGGAAAUAUGUUUAAAGUAAAAGAAAUAUUAAAUCUUAUUUUUUUCAAUACAUUCUUUAUUCCAAAUUAAUAUUGUUGAGUAUAAUGUAGCAAUAUAUAGUAAUAUGAUUUCUUUUUCUAUAUUUUCAGCAUUUAUUCUGUUAGUUUAUCUGGAAACAAUCAGGUAACAAAAACAAGUCCAGUGUCAAAGGAUACGGACAGAGUCAUGGUUUAUACAACGGUCUUUAGGUUGGGGACCGAUGGGUGUAUAGAGUUUUCCAGGAAUGGCCUGAGCAAUAAAACUCCGGGCAUUUCUAUAUUUAGUUUUCUAAGUGGAUCCAAUAGGGGUUUUUCCGCUGACAACUCCUCACUUCAACUUUAGUUUUCAAACUGUGCAGACGUCUUCUGAGUGUUCAUUUGAGAAAUAAAUUCAUUUUGUGUUUUAGAAACUGUAUCAUUAUUUUUAGUUUAAUACCCAUUUCCAAUAUAUUCUGUCACGUCCUGUGACGCAUUCUUGGAACCCUUAUUUCGCCAUCCACAUUCUUUAAACUCUUAUUUCAUUAUCCGAAUUCAUAGUUCCGAAAAGUCUGAGUGAGCAGCUCGCUCGGGUCAACGUAUCGCAAGAACGCUGACAAUCCGAACGAGGUGGUUCACCCGAACUGACAACCAAACGAUUGACCUCGCUCAUCAAUAUAUAAUAACGCGACCAAGCCCGCUCGCGACAGAUCCAAUAUCGCGCAGAACCAGUACAGAACCCGUGUAGACAGAACAGUAUAAUUGUUAUCAACCCCAGAAUUUGUAGUGAUCAGAUCACCUAAGCGAUCCGCGAAAGCUGUUCGGAAUCGGCCAGUUCGUCUAGCGAAAAUCCGAGAUACCAAUUCUAAGACGCGCACCUAACUCCGCGAAGUACGACUCUGCUACGGAACUCAGGGAUCCGACAGAGCAACCUCAUCCGUAAAGCGCGCGCAAGUUAAAGGUUGUACUCGAACCAAAUAAACAUUUGUUGUGAUCAGAAGUGCGUGAACCUCAAUUAGACCAUCUACCCUACCGACUCCACUAACCAAGACGACUCAUCUCUACAGGUAUCCGCGCCCAGCGAAAGGUAAGUAAGAACCCCUACCAAAUCAGUAGCUUAGAGAUAAUUAUACAAGUGCGCAGAGGACUCGGUGAGAGAGGGGACCCUGCGACUUCACAGUGGUUCCGGUACGAAUCGAACGCCAACGAACGCUACUAACCUGUAAUAUAGGGUAGACUCAAGAAAAAAAUCUAGCUCGAGAAUAUAAAUCUUUGUCUGCAACCUUAGAAAAAUCCAAGUCAUUCACUUUCGAAUCAAUUUUAUAUACAACACAAGAAUUUAUUGAAAUACUGCUACGAAGCAUACAUAAAAAUCUCUUAAAUAUAAAACGAACUCAUUUACCCUCUAAAUAAUCACAAAUAAUGAAAAUUUCAAAUGAAUAAUAAAAAUCUUAAACCAACGGAUAACAAAAAUACUACGGACGGAAACAGAUUAACAAGAAGCAGGACACAAGAAAAUCCUGAACUUAAAAGUAUUGUAGAAGAUCGUAAUUACGCGUCAGCCUUUUUACAAAGCCGUAAAACACCGCGCUCACCAACAGAACGAAGAACAUUUGACUUCACACCAGAAGUCACAGCCGAGGCGUCAAACGCGAAUACAAAUCUAGGUGCAAUACCCAGAACAAAGAAUGUUAAAAAUCUAACAGUAAACACUAACCAAACGGAAAACGGAAGUGCCAACUGGCAAAACAAGAGUAUAGGAUUUACAAUUAACCCAAGUAACGAAGCAGAUAAUAACAAACAAACAGGAACUUUCGCAUCCCCACUAAUCCGAAUAAGUCCCCAGGAUAACAGAAACAAUACCGAAAUACUAAACGAAACAAUAAACAACAGCUGCAAAAACGACAUAUCCCUACUCGAAAUUGAAGGAAUCACAGAACAACCAAGCCUAAUAGGAAAUCUGGACGGAGAGAAUAGCGAAGGAAAUUUAACACUCACCUGCGUAAGUCCGAGAAAGAAAAUGACAGACCAACAAAUUCAAAUCCAACCUCUAAGAUUACCCUUGAAAUACGUAGCAAACCUAGUACCCGAAUUCGACGGGAAAAAUAUUUCAGUUACCGAAUACGUUGAAAAAGUAAAACAUGCUAAAAACAUUAUAACACCCGUAGACGAACCAAACCUAAUCCCGAUCCUAAAAAUUAAAUUAAAAGGAGAGGUAUACAAAGCACUAAUAAACUCACCGAUAAAUAACGUAAACGAUUUUAUUCAGGCAAUAAAGUCAUUAUUCCCAUCCACCGAAAAUAUACACAGUUUAUAUGGAAAAUUAACAGAACUAACACAAAAACCAGGCGAAACAGUACUUAGCUACGGGAAUAGAUUACAGGAACUAGUAAUACAAAUUAAAGACUUAAAAAGAAUGGAAACAGGCAUAAACCAACAAAUCAUACAGGACUUUGACAGGACGAUUAAAAACGACGCAGUAAAAAGCUUCAAAAAUGGGCUAAAGCAGGAAAUUAGAAUAGAAUUAAAGCAGAAAGACGAUUUAAACGUCCUUAUACAAGAGGCCAUCGACAUCGAAUCAAGGUUAAAGAAACAAAACAUGCUGAGAGGCGGCGACUCAGCUAGCGUACUAUGUAGCCUCGAGAAAUACGACGCAAACCCAGUAACGUAUACGUGUCAAAUAUGCAAAGAACUAAACCACGAAGCAUUAUUUUGCAAUAACGCGGCAUGUGUAUACUGCAAAAACAAAGACCACAUAUCAUACAAUUGUAAAUUCGCUAGAAACAAGAUAGAGCUUAUUUGUAAAUAUUGCAACACCCAGGGACAUUCCAUAGACGCAUGUAGAAUGAAUAGAUCAAAAGGAAAUUAUUGCCAAUAUUGCCAAGUAAUGGGUCACACGGUCACCCAAUGCCCAUUCAUAAUUGAAUACGAAACAUGCUGGAAGUGCAAAGGAAGCGGUCACGAUCCAAACACCUGCACAAGAUUCCCAAAAAUUACGGAACUCUGCGAAAUUUGUAAUAGUAGAUACCAUACAGCCGAAAAUUGCCCAACACCUAUGUGCCCACUCUGCAAUAAAUUGGGCCAUACUAUAAAACACUGUCCAUUAACGAAAAACAAUAGACUCCAAUUGAUCAUGUGCACAAACUGCAACGAAGAAGGCCAUGAUGCAGAAGAAUGCGAAGGGGCAAGAGUCUUCCAAACUAGGACACACCCAAUUAAAUACCAAAAUCGUAACCAAUUAGGUCACUCGGCAGGAAGCUACUAUGAGUUGAGAAACCCUCAACGUAGAUCAAAUGACUUGUAUGGAGAUAAUCACAAUUUUAACCAUAAUAAUAGUAACUUCCAGAGAAAAUAUAACUACAACGGAAAUUUUAACGGCAAUAAUCACUUCAGAAAUAAUAAUGGCAAUGGAAAUUUUAACAGCAAUAACUACUCCAGAAAUAAUAAUAGCAACAGAGAUAACCCGAGACACACGAACGAACCGCGAAAAUUUUGCGACUAUUGUAGAACCCCCAAUCAUACAAUAAAAGAAUGUAGAAAACUGAAAGCCAUCGAACUACGAGCACAAAAAAGAGAUAUUUGUUCCUACUGCGAAGAGCCAGGACACUUAAUAGACGCAUGCAGGAAACUAAAAAGCCUGGAAAACAGCGCCGGAAAAAUCUGCAACCUGUGCAAAAGUACGAAUCACACAACAGAAGAAUGCCACAGAGGGCAAAACCACCAACAGCACAGACAGGGAAACGAAUAGACUCCUCCUGGAGAGAGCGCAUAGGGAGGAGCAAUGAUGAGCCGCUCGAAACAUAUAAAAUUAACGACAGUACAGAGCUGAAUGAAUCAGAACAGAAAAAAUGUUGAAAUUCGCGCUAUGCGUUAGAUAUCCUCGCGCCAAUUUGCGGCGCCGUUUUGGCGCUUCCGUUUCGCGCCCUCGAUGUUCGAUGUUUCUGCGCUUGGACCUUGUGCUUGGAGAAAACGUUUUUGCUUGUUCUGAAUAUAUUUUUUUCCUCUUUUACUCAUGUGGUGCACACUAUCAUUUUAUUUGCCUUAACCACGCUCUGCUACCAUCGACA